AGAAAGACAGAACCAAGAGCAUUUGUUUUUAUUAUGCAUUAGUAGUGGGAUUCUCAUUCACCACAACAACAAUUCAUUUCCUGUAAACCCCACAAUCCCCAGAAUUUUCCUUUUCAAAACUCAAUUCCCCUCCCUUUUUCUUUCCCCAAAGCACCUUCUUUUUUAUUCAAAUGCUUUCUAGGUCCUUAACACCAAGACAUGAGCAGUUUUGGAUAAUCUCAGACUGUAAUAAUUGGCUGUUUGUCCCCUGCUCCUUCCAUUGCUUCAUGAUCCAUUCUCUACUUCAAUAAACAUUGCCAAACAAGCAGAGGAAGUUCAAGACUAUUGAGUCAUGCAUCUUCUGCUGAAGCCAUCCAUGAUCAGUUUUGUUCUGCUCUUGCUGCUGCCUCUCGGUUCUUUCGCUUUCAACGAGCCGGAUGUUGAAGGUGGUGUUCUAAUUGAGCUUCUGACAGCCCUGAACGACUCCAACCAUAAGAUUACGGAUUGGGAUCGUCAUUUUGUCAGCCCGUGUUUCAGUUGGUCUAAUGUAACAUGUAGAAAUGGAAGAGUCGUGUCGCUGAACUUGGCUUCUUAUGGAUUUACUGGAACUCUUUCACCAUCAGUUUCCAAAUUGAAGUAUCUGGUUACCUUGGAUUUACAGAACAACAACCUCUCCGGCCCCUUGCCUGAUUCUCUUGGCGAUAUGUUGAAUCUACAGAAUUUGAACCUGGCACACAAUAACUUCAACGGCUCGAUUCCAGCAUCGUGGAGUCGAUUACCUAACCUCAAGCAUCUGGUCAUGACAGGAAAUCACUUGAGUGGAUCAAUACCGGAAUCACUAGCAAAUAUCACCGGCUUAUUGGAAUUGGACCUUUCAUCCAAUGACUUGACAGGAGAAAUUCCACCACAGCUGUUUUCAACACCUAUGUUCAACUUUACAGCCACUCAUCUCACCUGCGGCAGCAACUUGCAACAGCCUUGUGUUUCAAGUUCCUCUAUUCCAGUGUCUAAAGGAAGAUCAAAAGUUCAGGUUGCUGUCACAGCAGCAAGCAUUUGUGCAUUCUCCCUUCUCUUGCUCGGAGCUUUCUUUGGAUACCGGUUUCAUCGUGUCCGUAAAUUCAAACAUGAUAUAUUUGUCGAUGUGGCUGGCGAAGACGAGCGCAAGAUCUCCUUUGGACAGAUCAGAAGGUUUUCGUUGCGCGAAAUGCAGCUAGCAACGGAUAAUUUCAGCGAGAGCAACAUAAUCGGACAAGGCGGAUACGGAAAAGUAUACAGAGGAGUGCUUGUGGACAAUACUCGAGUUGCUGUGAAACGCCUCAUGGACUAUCAUAGUCCCGGUGGAGAGGCUGCAUUUCUGAGGGAAGUUCACUUGAUUAGCGUUGCAGUUCAUAAGAACUUGCUCCGGUUGAUCGGAUUUUGCACAACGUCAACUGAGAGAAUCCUUGUUUAUCCUUUCAUGCAAAAUCUCAGCGUUGCCUAUCGUCUAAGAGACUUAAAACCAGGAGAAAAAGGGCUCGACUGGCCAACCAGAAAGCGAAUAGCUUUCGGCACUGCCAACGGGCUGGAGUACCUGCAUGAGCACUGCAAUCCUAAGAUCAUUCACCGAGAUAUGAAGGCUGCAAACAUUCUUCUCGACCAUGACUUUGAAGCUGUGCUUGGAGAUUUCGGGUUGGCCAAACUAGUUGACACGAAAGUGACUCACGUUACGACUCAAGUACGAGGAACGAUGGGACACAUUGCCCCGGAGUAUUUGUCUACAGGAAAAUCUUCCGAAAAGACAGAUGUAUUUGGUUACGGGAUAACUCUUCUCGAACUAGUUACUGGACAACGAGCAAUAGACUUCUCUCGGCUUGAAGAAGAGGAGGAUGUUCUACUGCAUCAAAAAGCUACUGAGAGAAAAACGUCUGGAGGACAUUGUGGACAGAAACUUGAAAAGUUACAACUGCAAAGAAGUCGAGACGAUUCUCCAAGUAGCAAUGCUUUGCACGCAAAGUUCACCAGAAGAUCGGCCGAGAAUGGCAGAAGUCGUGAGCAUGCUGCAAGGAGUGGGUUUGGCUGAGAGGUGGGCGGAGUGGGAACAACUUGAAGAAGCAAGCAUGCAGGAGUUUUCCUUAAUGUCCCACAAGUUCAUCUGGGCUGAAGAUUCUACUCAUGACCAAGAAGCUAUACAAUUGUCACAAGCAAGAUAGUAACACUUAUUCAACUUAUAGGCAUGUUUGCUUAAGAUUUGGGAUACCAGAACAUAUAGCUCACAUGAUAUAGUUUAAUUACAAGUAUAUUGUAUGAUGAAGUUUAGAUUUCAUGUCACGGGACUAAUAUAUGUAAAUCUUGUGUCACACAGCAUAUUUCAGAAUUUUGGUUGACAGUAAAGUUUGGAUUUCAAGCA